AUGAAGUUCAACACCCUCUCCGUCUCCGCCACUCUCGCCGGCCUGGCCAGCGCUGGCCCGCUUGCCGCUCGCGCCGACGGCGUCCAGGGUUUCGACAUCUCGCACUACCAGGAGAGUGUCGACUUCCAGGGAGCCUAUGAUGCCGGUGCCCGCUUCGUCAUGAUCAAGGCCACCGAAGGACUGACCUACGUCGACUCGUCCUUCAGCUCGCACUACCAGGGCGCCAGCGACGCCAAGAUCGCCCGCGGUGGUUACCACUUCGCCCACCCCGACGUCUCCACGGCUAAGGAGCAGGUCGACUACUUCAUCAAGAACGGCGGUGGCUGGUCCGACGACGGCAUCACCCUCCCCGGCAUGCUGGACAUCGAGUUCAACCCCAGCGGCGACAACUGCUUCGGCCUCAGCCCCGACGCCAUGGCCGCGUGGGCCAUCGAGUUCGUCGACGAGUACAAGGCCCAGACGGGCGUGUAUCCCCUCGUCUACACCAACGCCGGCUGGUGGGCCGAGUGCACCGGCGACGCCGGUGGCCUGGGCGAUAAGUCCCCUCUGGUGCUGGCCGCCUACACCGAGUCCGCCCCGUCGACCAUCCCCGGCGACUGGGAGACCUACACGGUGUGGCAGUACAACGACAGCUACGAGUUCGGCGGCGACUCUGACAUCCUCAACGGCGGUGAGGAUGUCCUCAAGAAGCUGAUUGCCGGCUAA